ACAAAUUUACAAAAGCUACACAUUUACCAAAUUCUCAUCAUCCAUCAUAUAUGCACACACACGCGCCUCUUUUACGCAUACAAUCAAAAUUCAAUCCAAAUCGUUAUAGCUUGGAACCAUUUCGUGAUACUACCAGUGGUGGAUCUAAUUUUGUUGGCAAACGAGCUGUCUCGAAUUGACAAUCUUCUGUUUUUUCCGUGGAUUGGAUCUCGUUUUGGAGAUACUUUUAAUCAAGUUCUUCUAUUCAGCCUGAGUUGUGGAUGGAAGGUUCCGUUCCUAGUGAUACGCUGGCUUAUCAAGACUUGAGGAGCAGCAGUGAGUCUGUGACGACUCCCAAUAUCCAAACCCAAUACAGUUCAGGAGAUCUUUCUAUGAAUGAUCUGAAAAUGUGUUUGAAUGAGUUUGUAAGUGUUGAAGAAGUUGGAGUAUCAAGUGGUGGCUUAUUGGAUGGAAACAAUAGCAAAUGUGAUUUAGUGAUGGAAGAUGAUUGCAAGGACUCAGCUGAAUCCGGUGACAAUCUACCUGAUUCCACAUCAUCUGCUACUCGUUAUAAGCUUGCAUCUGCCGUGAAAGGUAGCCGUGAAAAGCAGGGUAUACCGCUUAUGAAGCAGUAUAAACACAUGAUGGCAGUGGCAGGAAAUCUGGAAAGAACAAGCAGAAAGGUGGUGGGAAAUCCUCGCGAGGGGGCAAAGGCAAAGGCAAAGGCAAGAAGCAAGCUCGGAAGAAUGGUGGCACCACCACCGAAUUCAAGCCAGUACAUGAUGACAGUUUGGCUAGCUUCUCUGAGCCUGAGGCAGGCACCAUCGAUUUCAACGUUAUCAACACAGAUCCAUUAUGUGGAAGCAGCUUUCUCAAGGAAUCAGCCCAGAAUUUGCACUUCCCCGUUGCGGAGGCCACAUGAUGAUGUGCAUUGAUAGGGUUGCCUUGCAUGUUUUCUCUCUUCCAGGAGUUAGGAAUUUUGAGAAAGGGCAUAUCACCUAACAUGGAAUUAGGUACAACUCUUUUACUAGGAAUUUUGUGUGUGAAGUAUUUCGAAUUUAUGUAGAUAUAUUUCAAUCAUAAUCUCGCGUAUUCAUUUUUUGUGCCGAAUCUAGGCUGUUCUACUAAAGCCGACGACACAUUAUA